AUAAAAAUAAUUAAACCCAAAUUUUAAUAAUUAAAACAUAUUAAUAAUUAUGAUUAUUAUUUAGUAUUCCACUUCAGUCUCGCGUGUGUUUCUGUUCAUUCCGGACCCGAUAACUUUUGUGAUUGUAGUUAAAUUGGUUUAUUUUGAGCAAUGCUCAACCUCAACGUUGGAAUCUUGGGCCAUGUCGAUUCUGGAAAGACAACGCUGGCCAAGGCGCUAAGUGGCAUCGCAAGCACGGCGGCGUUCGAUAAGAAUCCUCAAUCCCAACAGCGGGGGAUAACCUUGGACCUGGGCUUCAGUGCUCUUCUGGUGGACUUGCCUGACCACCUGAAGGCCCACAGGGAUGGCGGAAGUGAGUACGACAGAUUGCAGUACACGUUUGUGGACUGCCCCGGUCAUGCCAGUUUGAUACGAACGAUUAUCGGUGGGGCCCAGAUUAUCGAUAUGAUGAUCCUGGUGGUGGACAUUGGAAAAGGAAUCCAGACCCAAACUGCAGAAUGCUUGGUGAUUGGAGAGCUGACAUGUCGGAAAAUGAUAGUGGCGUUGAAUAAGAUUGAUACAUUGGAAGAGGACAAACGGGUGAAAGUAGUGGAGAAAAUGAAGAAAGGCCUCGGGAUGGCUCUGAGUAAGACGAUUUUCGCCAGUUCGCCAAUAAUUGAAAUAUCCGCGGCGAGUGGGCUAAACCUGGAGCGAUUUGUUGAAGCGUUGAAGGGGUAUUCGUUUGUUCCUGAGCGAACCUACGGGCUGCCGUUCCUUUUUGCAGUCGAUCACUGUUUCACUAUCAAAGGCCAAGGCACGGUUUGUACGGGUACCGUGCUGCAAGGGCAGAUCAAGCUUAAUGAAGAUGUGGAAAUUCCAAAACUGAAGCUAGUCAAGAAGGUCAAAUCAAUGCAGAUGUUCAAACAGAGUCAGCAAAUUGCUAAACAAGGAGACCGCAUCGGCAUAUGUAUUACACAGUUUGAUCCUAAAUUGUUGGAACGGGGGCUGCUGUGUUAUCCUGGCUAUGUAUCAGAUAUCUAUGCAGCCGUGUUACAAUUGAAUCCGAUUCAGUACUACAAAGGCAUCGUGAAGCAUAAGGCAAAAUUUCACAUUACAUGUGGAUACGAGACGGUGAUGGGCACUGUAAUUCUUUUCAAAGGAACUGAUCCAGGUUUUACGAUUGCCGAGCAGUAUGAGUUUCUUGAAGAGCUAGGCCAGGAUGCAGCAGGGGAAGUCUCGCCGAUAUUGGCUUUGUUAGAAUUCGAACGGCCAAUUCAAGCUGUAUCAAAUGCCCUAGUAAUUGGCUCCAAGUUGGACACCGACAUCCAUUCUAGCCUCUGUCGAUUGGCUUUCCACGGUAAGCUAGAGUACAGCUGUACCGAUAAAGACUACUCGACUAGUUUCCUACCGCAGUUGAACAUUUUCAAAGAGAAACGUAAAACGGGAACAGUUCAACGGGUGGUCAAUGAAACGGAACUCAUAGCGGCUGGAUUGUUCAAGAAGACGGGCAACAACCGGCAAGCGUUCCUUGGAUUGAAAGUUCAACUUAGCACAGGUGAGUGCGGGGUGAUUGAGGAUUCUUUUGGGACCACAUCGAAGGUGAGACUCAGGUUUAUGGAACCAUUGGGUAAGACGACUUUGGAUCUUUUGAAUAAGAAAGGUGCCUCAGAGCAGGUAAAAGUGGAGGUCAAAUACAAAAAGUAUCUGUUUAGAAAAGAUGGCAAUAAAGUUGUUCAGUGAGAA